UUACGAAAUAGUGUGAAAUUCCUAACAAGGGUCUUAGCGAUGACAUCGUGUGCCGAUGAAUGCACGAGAAUGAUGGUCGUAUGACACAUAUCUUUGGAAUACCACCAAUAGUAUUUCGUGCCGUCUAUCGCACAAAACUAUCGAUAUUUCUUUUAAGUUACUCUACCCUGUGCAUCGAUGAAAUAUGCAAGAAAUAUACAUCGCUAAUUAAAAAUUCUUGAAUUUUGUUAUUUUCGCGUAAAACAAAAAAUAAAUGUUGAUAGUGUCAUAGUAAUCAUAUUGAAUAAUUAAAUAAUGGAACGAAACAUGCAAAAGCAGCUGUACGGAAUUGCGCGCGAGUCAUCGCCAGGAUUCCGCCGAAUUAAUACGCCGGUGGCAGACAGCACGCGAAAAUCAUUUUUUGGCGGCAACUCGAGCUGCUUGAAGAAGACGGCGCUGAGCAACAGCCGGCUAAGUUUGUCUGUGCGAUCCACCCAGUCGAUACCCGGCAUCCAGUCGGACUAUAAUGUUGUGGAGAGCUUUGGCUUCCCACUGCCCGUCGUUGUGAACGAGGCCCUGACGUUUGUGGGAUCUGCUGCCGGAACCGUGUCUGCGAAGGUUGCCCAGAAUGGUUGGGCUUGGGUUGUGCACGGCCGCCGACUCCUAAUCUGGCAGUACAAAGAGUCAUCCAAGUCGGGCUCUUCGCCCCGCACUGCCAAGCAUCCACGACGGGGUGCUGGGCUGUCGCAAUGCCGCGAGCUGCAGCUGCCCUACUCCGACUUGGGGUACAAGAGCGACCUGAUUAGUGUAUUCCAGACAGAUGGCCAGCAAAUGGCCUCCUGCAUAGCCGUCUCUGCCACCGGAGAUGUGCGCUAUUGGUCAUCCAUAGCCCAUGACGGGAACAAUGUGAAUCUGCCGAUCUUGGCCGGCCAGGACUUUGUUCAGCUCAUCAAUCUGCCUGCGCAACAGGGCUACCUGGCUGUGACCACGACCUGCAAUUUGGUAUUUCUCCGCGUGGGCCUCACCAAUGGCCGAUACACGUUGCACCACAAGACCAUUAAGCCGGCCACCAGUUUGCUUGGUGGAUUUGGCAAGAAAUUAUCCUCCAUGCUGAUUGGAAUGAAUACGGGUGGCGACAAGGAUCCGCUCUUGGUUGGCAUGUGCUGUGAGAGAAAUUCUCCUGAAGGUGAAACGGUUGUGGCUGUGCUCUCGGAUCGUUCCAUCCAGCGCUGGAGUCUGUCGAACAAGGGGAAUACAGAAAGUUUAAUCUACGAGGAUGCAGAGGUGGUGCGCAGGAUUCGCGAAGAGUUUAAGCAAAAGGUCUGGAAUAUCCGAGCGCCCACAGACAACGUGGAACUCGAGUUGCAACUGCUCGACUUUCAUAUCGUUGACGAGAAGGCCUACAUAUUGGCUGGAGCUGUGAACGCUGCUCACGCGCCACAGAUGUGCUAUGCCGUUGCUGUGGCCAGUGCUCAAGCGGACAGCAUGCUGCUGGAGUCAUUCACGCCACUGAAGUUCAAUAAAUUCUACAACGCCAAGACCAAAGAGGAAUGCGUCAGCCUUCGCUUCAUUAUUGGCAGCAGCCACAUCUACCUCUACACCCCGAAGGUGGUUUAUCCUUUGCUCUUGUCCAACGCCGUACCCACAGCCGAACUUGAGGCGGAGAAGAUUGAGUUCCAUCUGCACGACGAUCGAAUCCUAUGCGCCGCCGUCUGCAGUCGCCUGCCGCUGUUCUUUAGCCGCACCCACGGCCUGGUUUCCAUCACGCCCGGCGACUUUGAUUCCAACGAGCUGCAUAAUAUGAGCACCUGCAACACGCCCGAUCUGUUUGCACCAGCUUCGUUCAAUGCUUCGUUCAAUGCGCCCGAUCAGUCCGCCAUGACUGCCAGCAGCAAUAAUCUGCAUGUAUUCGAGCUGGAUCCCGAGGAGCUGUACAGUGAUUUGAGCGACGAAGUGGGCCAGCUAAAGGCUGCCUUCGUGUACCACCUAAAGCGUAAUAACAACAUGGUGAAGACCAUUGUCGGGGAGCUUCUGCGCGCUGUCAAUGAGCCCGAUCCAAGCGGUGCACCCCUCGAUGCCUACAAGUUGGAUAGAAUUGUCAUCACAAUUGCCGAGGACUUGGCCGAGGAUCUACCCAUUGCCGAUCCACGCUGGGAAGAGGCGUUGGGCGAUCACGAGGGCAAUCGUCAUGCGUUGGGCAGCUCGCGCUCCAUGCAAAUCAUCCAUCAGCUGCGUGACAAAAUCCUUGCCUUCCAGCAUUUUGUUUCGUUUCUCCAUGCCAGCGGCAUCUGGGAAAAGCUCAAUGCCAUACCCUGCGGCAGUAAUGUGCUGAAGCCGACCAGUUUUAUUCUGUCCGAUAUCAGCGAGAAGAUAGUGGCUGCCAUGGCACUGCGCUCCCUGCAGGCCAAACUGCCGAAAAUCAUCGAAAAUGCCAUCGAUGCCACUGUUGCCAUGUGGGAUGAGAAGCCCAACGGCAGCCUGACCACCCAGGAUAUAUUCUAUGUGAAACUGUGCAAAUUCCAGUCCGUAUUCGAGGCCCUGGCAGACUUGGCUGACAAUCAGAUUUCAGCACAGAUUCAAACCACUGUGACGGUGGCCCAAUUCCUCAAUGACAUCAAUUCCAUUGUCCUGGAUACGCUGGGCCAGGUGUUUAUGCAUCGUGAACAGCAGGGGAGCAAUUAUACACGACACAACGACAGACUAGCCGCCUGCGAGAACCUUCCCUGGACGGCAAUGUCGGGCAGUGCUGGCGUUCGGGACACACUCAACCGCCUCAUAGACCUCAGCCUGCGCUAUGGCGCCCAGUGCGUCAGUGAGACGGAGGUAAAGCAGAAGCUGUACCAGCAAAUCUACGAGAUGGUGGACUUGGUGCUGGAGGGGCGCAAGAGCUACUUGGAUAGUGUGCGGGGCUCCGAGAAGGCCAAUGUAUUGCAGCAGCAGUUCGAGGCACAGCGCAGUGAACUCAUCUCAGUACUGAUCAAGGAUCGCAAGUACGAAUACGCCGCUAAGUUGGCCGAAAAGUAUCUGGACUUUCAGAGUCUGGUGAUAAUAUGCGACGAGACGAAAGACAAGAACCGUUUGGAUGAUUACACGCGCAAAUACGAGGAGUUUGAAUUCUCGAAGUUUGCCAUUAGCUGGCAUCUGCGGCAGCAACGGCAUGGCGAGGUAUUCGAGCGCUUCAAGGGCAACCAGCUGGCGUUGGCUCAGUUCAUGCGCGACCAUCCAUCGCUGGGCUGGAUUCAGCUGAUAUUCAACGGCGACUACGAGCGGGCAGCGAAGGUGCUGUACGAGCUGGCGCAAAACGAGAAGGAGAUUGUGGCGCGCAAAAAGUCGAUGUUGUCUCUGUCCAAACUGGCUGCUUUUGCGGCGCCCGACUCUGACCUGACGGCCCAGGUGGAGAAGAUUAAUGCUGAUCUAACGCUCAUCGAGUAUCAGUCGCAGUUGAGCCAUGACGUGCUGCAAAACUUUGGCCUCGACCCAGUUGAACAGAAGGUGCUCAAAGCAGAGGAUAUAAUCGAUCUGUAUAUCGCCGAGGAAAAUGAGAGUGCCACCGAAGUGGAGUUUGGCAAGGCCUUGGAGCUUCUGAGCUUUGUGGAGCAGCCCUACGAUCUGCGCCACAAGAUCUGGUGUGCGGCCAUACGCCGCGACAACUGGAUAGACUAUGACCCCAAUAAUGCCGUGGAGUACAUGCAGAAGCUAAUGUUCUUCAAAAUCAUUGAAAUUUCAGAGCUGAUGGGCCAGGAGAACGACAAUUUUCUGCCGCCCAUGGAAGAGUUCCUGGAGAGCACUGAACUGGACGAUAUGCCGCAGAACAAGUCGUUCCAGUAUCUGCUGAAACUGACCUACGAGUAUGUGGCCGAUAUGUUCAAACAGCCAGACGACAUGGAAGUCUAAUUGUCUGUUGCCUACCCCCAAGCAUUUACAUUUAUUAAAGUUUACGUUAAGAGUUCAA